ACUGUCGGCUAUUCCGCCGCUUGGAUUUGUCCACGUUCUUCAGGAAAAAAUACUUUUCAAGAUUUCCAGAUUGUUCUCUCAGCUGAGACCAUUUAUUUAUUGUAGGACCUUUCUCCAGAUGGGCAGUCAUUUUGAAUUGCGGACUUCCCAAAUGAGUAUUAAUCGUGCCUCUGGAAUGGAAAGGUUGAACAAUCUAGAAUCUCCUCAGUUGAGUGAAAACGUAACUGCUGUAAUCCGUGAUCUGGGUGAAAGCAAUGUGAAACAGGGUGGCCAAACUGUUAACAUUCCUCCACUAUGCAGAAAUCAUGCAGGGGGGAAAAGAAAUCCAGACUACCAUCCUGCCUCAGAACAGUUUGGAAACAGUUGUAAUUGCUUGAACAGCAGUGUACAAGUCCAAGCACCAGAGAAAGUGACUCUUGUUGUAGAUGGCACUAGAUUUGUGGUAAAUCCCCAGAUUUUCACCGCUCAUCCUGAUACAAUGUUGGGAAGAAUGUUUGGACCAGGACGAGAAUAUAACUUUACUCGGCCAAACGAGAAGGGUGAAUAUGAAAUUGCAGAAGGCAUCAGCUCAACUGUCUUCCGGACUGUGCUGGAUUAUUACAAAACUGGAAUCGUUAACUGCCCUGAUGGGAUUUCUAUUCCUGAUCUCAGAGACACAUGCGACUAUCUUUGUAUCAACUUUGACUUCAACACAAUCAAGUGUCAGGAUUUAAGUGCAUUGUUGCAUGAACUGUCUAAUGAUGGGGCUCACAAGCAGUUUGAUUGCUAUCUGGAAGAGCUCAUCCUGCCUAUAAUGGUGGGCAGUGCCCAGAAAGGAGAACGCGAGUGUCACAUUGUGGUAUUAACUGAUGAAGACAUUGUGGACUGGGAUGAAGACUAUCCACCACCGAUGGGAGAGGAAUACUCACAAAUUCUCUAUAGUUCGAAGCUCUACAGAUUCUUCAAAUACAUUGAGAAUCGGGAUGUUGCAAAAACUGUUUUGAAAGAACGUGGCUUGAAAAAUAUUCGAAUUGGCAUUGAAGGUUACCCAACCUGUAAAGAGAAAGUGAAGAGGAGACCUGGAGGGCGCUCCGAAGUCAUUUAUAACUAUGUGCAACGCCCAUUCAUCCAGAUGUCUUGGGAAAAGGAAGAAGGGAAGAGCCGCCAUGUUGAUUUCCAGUGUGUCAGAAGUAAAUCUCUAACAAACCUUGUGGUUGGUGAAGAUGUAGCAGAAGAUCAGGAGGCUGUGCUACACCACCCUCCCCAGGUGGAUGAACUUGAUAGAUUAAAUGCACCAUUUUCUCAAAUGAAUCCUAAUGAUCCUGCAGAGUAGUACUUUGGAUAAGUGUCAAGUUCUCUCAAAUGGAUUUGGCUGAUCUGCUGGGUCAGGACUAAAUUCCCAGAGCACUCUGUCACCAGUCAUCCCACAACUGACUCUCUACAUACAGUUGCUUCAAGUAAAGAGGACCCCAGUCAUCCACCAAAGAAGAUCUGGACUCUGGGGACUGGAUUUAAGACUGAGUUAUACCUCAUCCUGUCAAAAGCAAAACUAAAUCUUCCCAUUUCUUGCAAUGUAAAUACAUAUGCAAUUCUAUCUCAAAGCUCAGCAGCAAUUGCUCAGUUACAAAAAUACCCAAGUAUUGCAUCAUGUAUGACUCUACUAUAGUAGUACAAUUGUUAUCGGUGAGAACAAAAGAUUAUGAAUUGGAUCCAGAUUGGUCAUUCGGUGAACUGAUGGGCUCCUUUUGCUCAUGGAGAACUUUGAGAUCCAGUGAAGGCUCCCUGCUGAAGCAAAGGUACAGGGAAAUUAUCUUUAUCAAUUCCCUUUUCCUUCUCAAGCUUCCUGUGUUGCCUCUCUGGCUGCUCCGGAGGAUUCUCCAGCUCUCCAGAACAGCUUUCCAGGAGCCACAGGGAGCUGCAAGGAGAAGGAGGAAUCCCAAACAUCACCUGGCCUCCACCUCCACCAAGAGUGGAAAGCUAAAUGCUACUCUGGAUCAACCCUAUGGCUGUUUUCAAUGAGGGGUGUGUGCAUGCACACAGUGACAGUAUGUAAGAGUUGUUUUUUAGUUUCCUGCUUAGCAGCUCAUAUGCUAAAUCAGUAAAUUGCUUCUUAAUCUCAGGGAGCUGAUGAAAAGGAAAUUAAAAUUCUGGUACAGAGGUGCACACAUUUCUGAGUUCUAGUUUAUACACGGGAAGACAUGAGCUCAGCACAUUGGGAGCUGCUUCUGCAGAAGUCCACAUUAAACGUACAAAGUUGCAUCCUAAAGAGAUGGUAUUAUUCAAGAAACUGAAUGCCAAUCUGCAUCCUAAAAUGCUGCAUUUUCAACUCAGGGCAAAAUUACUCUUGUCUUGGCACAAAAUGUUAAAUUAGUGGAUUCCAUUACAUGUCCUGAAAUGUACACUUUGUGAUACGCAGAUGUGCAAAUUAAGAAAUAUCUCUGUUGACAUGUUGCAUCUCUAAGUUGCUCUCUCUUCUAAGAGUCCCAUAGAUUAGUCAGAAUGCCUUAAGGCUACAGCAAGUGCUAAUUUCUACUGCCAAAAGGGCGAUAGUAGCCUAAAUUGCACCAGAAUUUUCCUAUUCCAACAGCAUAGCCUUGGCAACCCUCCCAUCUGUAUUGUUGCACAGCAUAUGUACAGGUGGGACUGUUUCAGGAGUCUCAUGUUGCCAAUGGAAGCAGAAGUAUUACUGGGUUGCUUCCUUUUGCAUGUAAGAUAACACUGAACGUUUGAAUUGGCUUAGCAAGGGCACAUGCUAUAGGACUCUGCCUUCCCCUCUCCAGAUGUUUUCAACCACACCACUCAGCAUUCCUGACCAUUGACCAUGCUGGUCAAAGCUGAUGGGAGUUGAAGUAAAAAAUAUCUCAAGGGCACAAGUUGGGGAAGGCUGAUGUAGGCCAUGAGAGAAAAACCACAUAUUUAAAUAUAUUCUAGUAUAGCCUUCACCAUCCUGGUUCCCUCCAGAUGUUUUUGAUUUAAUCUCCAUCAGCCACAGCCAGCAUGUCCAUUGGUCAGGAAUGCUGGGAGAUGUAGGCCAAAACAUCAGGAAUACACUGGGUUGUGGGAGGCUGCCCUAGUAUAACAAAUUUAUGUGGGGAAAACUUACAUAUCUUUCAUUGUUGUGCUACCUUUCCUUUUGCAGUGAGAUUUUUGAUGGAUGAGCACAGAAAACAUGCAGGUAGAGUCCAGUGGGAAAUGCAAGAAGAGUGCACUGCAUGGCCUUUCUGGGUAAUGGAAUUGGUUCUAAUAUAGGUGCAAAGAGGGAGGGGACACUAUAGCUUUGAACUACUUAUGCUAGCCUAUAAUAUAAUAGCAAGCUGCUUUAAAAGCUGAUGCAGGAUAAUUAUUUAUAUUCUCUGAAACAGAGGGAAAAUGUUGUUUGAUAUGCAAAUGGAGAAUCUUACUAUGGAAGAAAGGAAAUACAGCCCUAAAACAUGUCUUGGAUUCCCGCAACUUAGGAUUUUAGAACAGGUAACAUAGCAUUAGUGUGCAGUCAUAAGACCCACAAUUAAUUACAAAUGUGCUUUCAAUGCAUGCAAGCAGCUCUAUCUUGCGGACUCAGAAGGGCAAAAAGGACUGGUUGCCAUCAGUUUGGGAUCACAAUGUAGGAAUCAAGCCACCUGAUUCUACAAUAUAUUGGAGAGGGUUUUGUUUUCAGAAAAAGCAGUUUACUUUCUGGGAAAGAACUGCCCAAAGUCAGUAUUAUCUUCAAUGAGCUCAUGGUCUGUCUGUCCAUUCAACCUUUGAUUAAACUUUCCAGUUUUAUUGUUAAGAAAGAUUAAUGGGCCUUAGUAUUAGCACACUGUUGUAGAUAAAGUAGACUUACAGUACAAUCCUAUACAUAUUUACUCAGAAGUAAGGCCAGCUGUGUUCAAUGAGGCUACUCUCAGGAAAGUAUGCAUAGGAUUCCAGCCUUAGAGCUACUGUAAAGUUUCUUUUAAUGGAAGAGCCAAAUAUUUAGUAAUAUUCAGACCUAGCUGUGAUUUUAUUUAAUCAUCCAGUGAUCUUUUCACAAAAGUGCCUACAGAAAGGUUUUUCAAAGGCAUACAGAGGGACCACUUCUGCUAUCAAGCAAGGUGAGGUGGUCUACAGUCCCUUUGUUCUUUUUGAAGGUAUCCUGCUACUAUGUCUGCUAGGAUGCUUUAAGCACCUACCAUUUAAAUGGUUCAUGCAAACAAAAACAUGAAAUUGCAUAUGAAUGCUUCUAGUACUCAACAAUUGAAAGAUGAAAUCAAAUUGGGGUAAGUACAGUAUCCUGAGCUAGCAAAGUGUGCCGGUCUCACUUUAGUGGGACUUGCUCUCACACACAAAUGAAACAUUUACUUAAAAGGCGAAUCACCAAUACAAAAUUAAGUCUGUUUUAAAACUGGUUUGACCCGUUUUUCCUUUGCAGAAACGAGUUAUGUGGGGAUAAUGAGAAUUGUUGAUAAGAUCUCUAACAACCUAGAGAAAGCUAUGAAUGUUCAAGUAUAGCUUAAGGAAGAAAAAAUUACACGGUAACAGUGUUUGCCACAACUACAUUGGUGUUUCCAAGAGCAACUGCAUGUAAGACAAAUACGUUACUAAACAGGUUCAUGCUGAGAAGUCCCAGGAGACUAUAUUACAUUUGCUGCAGCAGACACUAGUGCAUGCACAGCAAACAUAAUAGGUUAGAUCCAGAUUUAGUCACACUUUAGAUUAAAACCAAUCCUCAUUAUUUUAACUCUUUAGUGUGGAUCCAACCCAAUAGCCACAUAAAAUAUGAAGCAGCUUUUAAAACAGUAUUCUGAGAACCAAGACUUAAAUUUGAGUGCUUGAACAUGGGGCAUCACAAUGAAUGGAAGAGUACCCAUUCCAAAUAAAGCCAAGAUGACUGGUAGAUUGAGGGCACCUUUGCAGGAUUACAUUCUCCCACCACCCCAAUUUAGCUAAGAGCUGAACAUGCAGAGAUGCAGUACAUAUGCUUCAAAGGUUAUUCACUUAUGUUGCUUUCCCAAAGAAAUAGAAUAUGUUUACUUUUUAUGUGAAGCAAGAAGAUUUUUUUAUAUACACAGCAAAGUCUACUGGAGUUUGGGUAAUGGAACAUUUCUGAGAAGGGAUUACAUCACAGGGUAAUAUAUUACUUCUUUCUCCAUUAUCUACCAUUAAAGAACAAAUACAAGUUUCUCAUUUUAUUUUUAGUCCAGUGUUUACAAGACAUAGUCUGUAGUUAGUUUUCUGCAAAUGUUUACAUGCUGUUGCAUAUUCUUUAUUAAAAUGGUUUUUAUCUU